AUGUCGAGUCGAUUAACCGCCACAGACGGUGUUCAAAUUUCGGUGUCGUCAAUUAAAUAUACUUAAAUCAUAAAUAUUUAAGUACGGUAUGUCGAACAAGCGUGAUAGGUAAAAUCGCUGGAAAAUUAAUAUAUACUCAAUAUGGAAUCGUAUGUUUCUCUGGACCGUUUUCAUCAAAUAAUUAACAAAUAUGAAGAUCCGAGAAUACGGCAUUAUUUUCUUAUGUCUAGUCCCAUUCCCACUGUUAUCUUAACUGCAAUUUAUUUAAUUUCUGUCAAAGUUACCUUGCCAGGAUACAUGAAAGAUAGAAAACCUUUUCAACUCAAAAAGUUUGUAAUAUUUUACAAUUUUAUUCAAGUUUUAUAUAGUACGUGGUUAUUUUAUGGAUUUUUAACAGGAGGAUGGUUAGGCUCGAAAUAUAAUUUGGAAUGUUUCAAACCAAGGGCUGAUAAAAAUAUAAUAUUUGUAGCCUACAUGUAUUAUCUUUCAAAAUUCACGGAAUUUAUGGAUACGAUUUUAUUCGUUUUGAGGAAAAAAGAUAACCAAGUAACAAAUCUUCAUUUGUACCAUCAUUGCAUAAUGCCGAUAGGCAGUUGGAUUGCCGUUAAAUAUGUUCCAGACAGUACGAUGACAUUUUUAGGGCUUAUUAAUUCGUUUAUACAUAUCAUAAUGUAUACGUAUUACAUGCUCAGCGCAAUCGGACCAGAAAUGCAAAAAUAUUUAUGGUGGAAAAAAUACGUUACUGUAUUACAAUUGGUCCAGUUCGUUUUGUGUUUGAUGAAUAACGUUCAUGCCGCUCUAUUCGGAUGCUUACCCAUUGCGAUUAGUUGGUGGAAUAUUUCACAAAGCACCCUAUUUUUCCUCAUGUUCUUUGAUUUCUACAAGCAGGCGUAUAAUAAGAAGAGCAGCAAAAUAACUACCAAUGGCAUUACAAAAAAUACCGACCUGAAGAACAAUUGUAUAAACGACAAAUUACAUGAAAAAUUACAGUAAACUUU